AUGUGUAUAAGAGACAGGUGCUGCGUGUGGCUGCAGCACCUGUACGAGGGCAGCACCUCCUGCUGCAGCACCUUGCAGCGCCUCUGCGGCUCCAGGAAGGUUGUAGGCACGUACAACACCCUACGUAAUGAAGACACGUCCGGUGAUGUGGCAACACCGCCACCCGCUCAGUUGCCAAACACCGCCACUCCCACAACUGUCAGCACCGAAACUAGCGUCAGUAUUGACAUUAGUCCUGCCACAACCACAACCCACUUCUCAGGUCCUGACACGGUGGUGUUCGACGCCACAACCAUGCGUCCUGACCGCCACAACCCCACCAGGUUACCGGACCACAUACGCGAAAAAAAAUUGGCGCAAGAGGCGUUGUUGCGCGCGCGCACAGCCAACUUUCUGGCAGCGAUCUUCUUCGCGGUUGCUUUCCUUGUGGACUACAUCGCUCUGCGCGUGCGGCUCGGCUCCUAGUGACGGCCAGUAGGCUCCUAAUGGCGGCCAUUGGGCUCCCAGUGGCGGCCAUUGGGCUCUUAGUGACGGCUAGUAAGCCGCCACUUGGCUUCUAGCGCCUACUGUCCGCCAGUGGGCUCCUAGUGGCGGCCAGUGGAUUUCUAAUGGCGGUCAUUGGGCUCCAAGUGGCGGCCAGUGGGCCCCUAGUUGCGGCCAUUGCAUGUUAAAUAUGUAUUGUGUAAUGUAUGUGGUGUUGGGGUUAGGCAUCGCUAGGCUGGGAGUUGUUGGAGUUAGGCAGCGUUAGGUUGGGACGUGUACAAUGUACAUAGUUGUACGAUAUCAUCAAUAUGUAGUGUCAAUAUAUAAUGUUAUGGGUCUCAUAUUGUAAGAAUAUUGUGUACGUUGACCAAGGAUGGAGAUACUGUGAACAAAACCUUUAUAUAAUAACUCAGGUUAGAAUAGCAUUACGAACAAUAAAUGUGCCCUAGUCCUGACCAGAUGUACGAUGAUUCACAGUUUAUGUGAAACAUCUCAUACAUUAUUCUUUUAUUAAGUAGUUCUUAUUUAUUCCUCUUAAAUUUUAUCUUUCAAAUCUGAAAUAUGCUAAUGACGAAUUAUGUAAUUCCACUGAUAUAUUAUAACGAUAUUCAAUUUUCCGACCGCUUUGGUUCCCAGAAAUGCCCGAGUCCGUAUGGUAAUGUUCACUUUAUACAUCGUUGCCAUCAUUAUACGAAUUCAUGACGAUAAUUCCGUAACUCUAACGAAUCGUUGUUUAUGUUCGUUUUAUUUAUUGUUUGUUUCUUCUCAAAUUGUGUUUGCCUUGCUAUUUUAUGACUCGAAUUGUGUUCACGCAUACGGACAAGUGGAACUCCGUGACACAUUCACGUAACGCGUUCAUUACCGUCACAGCGGGUCACGUAAACGCCGCCCCUGCGUGAACGCGGGACGCCAUCUCAUUAAAAAAAUGCUGAAUAAAAUACUGCUGAUUUUACACUUGAGUUGUAAAUGUAACCGUUUUACAUGACCUUUGUCUCGUAGAAAUAAGCAUUUAGCGGAAUUAUAAGGAAAAUAGUGUAUUCAAAUGUGGUUUAUAACGAUAAAAAUGCAUUCCAUAAACAGGUAAAAAAUGUUCUAACAAAUAUGUUUUGCGCGGACACUACAUAGAUUUUGUAUUAUACAUCGAAAUAAU